AUGAUCACCAUAGAGGAGCUGGAGAAGGCACUGAAGGUCCUUGAGACCAGGGCCACCAAGGGGUCGGAUCUGGUGGUGAUAGGCCAAUAUAAAAUUCUGGGGAUUAUUGGAGAGGGGAGUUUUGGUACUGUGCAUUUGGCCCGACACAUCCCCACAGAACAACUUGUGGCGGUCAAAAUUUUAGAAAAAAUUGAUAACCCCUUAUUAGAUAGUGAAAUCGACAUCGCCAAGUCCCUGGAUCAUCCGUGUGUGGUGAGAACUUUUGAGGUGCUGGAGACCACUGACAAGGUGUUCCUGGUCAUGGAGUAUGUCCACGGACGGGACCUGCUUCACCACCUGCAGGAAUCCAGGAGGAUGAGGGAGGACGAGGCCCGGGCAGUUUUCCACCAGCUCCUCAGGGCAGUGCAACAUUGUCAUGAAAAUGGCAUUGCCCACAGGGAUAUUAAACUCGAGAAUGUAUUAAUUGACCUAUGCGGAAGGGUGAAGUUAUGUGACUUUGGGCUGGGGACGAGGUUCACACCAGGACAGAAACUGGAAGUGCAAUGUGGCAGCUUGCCCUUCUGGGCACCCGAGCAGUUCUUAGAGGAGGGCUAUUAUGGCGAUAAAGUAGAUGUAUGGAGUCUGGGGGUGGUCCUGUACACCAUGCUCAUGGGCCAGUUCCCAUUCCGAGGGAGGACCUGGAGCAGGUUGCAAGCGCAGGUGAGCAAGGGCAACUUCAUACUGAGGAGAUACCUCUCAGAGGAGAGCAAAAGCCUGCUGGCGCUGCUGCUCACGACGGAUCCCGAGCACAGGCCCUCGCUGGCGCGGGUACUCCGGCACCCCUGGCUAAGGAACACACAAGCACACCUGCCACCGAGGCACACCCCCCUGUACCAGCCCGAUCCUGAUUUAAUCAAGGUAAUGACUUUUUGGGGUUUUAAGCCCAACCAAGUAUGGGAAGCCCUGAUGGGCCGAAGAUUUGAUGCGACCAUGGCCACCUACUUAAUAAUUGCCGCACAAAGAGAGCAGAGGAGUGACCCCACUGGCCAGAUGAGGCACCCGAUUCCAGGACCUCCACCAUGCCCCUCACCUGCAGGGGCCUGGAUGUGCACCAACCUUAGGAAAUCCACCAGUUUACCAACCAGGCACCCUGCUAGCUGCCUGCCUGCUGAGCUCCAGGCACAGAAGGAUGGCAUCAAGUGUACCACCUCCACCUCUACGCUCUGCCUCCUCUCUGCCCCCUGGAUCCAGAGCCCCAAGGAGGAGGAGGAGGAGGAGGAGGGGUGCAACUCUUCUCCCCUGCAGCCAGCAGCAGCCAAUUCUUCUAGCCCAGACACAGCCGCAACCCAGGAUGAUAGUCGGGGCUGGAGAAAAAUAAAGGGAAGAAUAAUUAGAGUCCUGCAAGUGUGCUGCUGCUGUCUUCCCUUCUUGAAGAGAAGAUCCGGCAGAGUCCAUCCUGCGACAGGAGACGCCAGCACCACACACCUGCAGAGCAUGUACGUGAGCACAGAGCUGGGCUCUGGGUUUUGUCUGAUUUAA